AUGAACGCAGAAGAUCUGGUGAGUAUACCGGUUCCACGUCGAGCUCACGCCCUGGUCAACACGGACGAGUUCUAUUCAUCAGGAAAGCAGCACAAGCGGCGCCAGUAUCUGUGCAAAGUGUGUUCUGCUUUUGCAGACAAGAACGCAAAAUCGUUUGAGUCUAGCUACCUCUGCCAGAAAUGCAGCAAUGUUUAUGGCGGGCGAGUACCGCUGUGCGAUAGUAUUCGACGCAAGGAAGAGGGAAACACACGCACCUGCUACGAGAUCUGGCACGAGGUGUGGAACGACGGCAAAGCGAAUCCUCCGGGACUAAUAAAGAAGAUCAGGUUCCGCAAACGAAAAGACAGAGAAGAAGACUGA